GGAAACUGGGAAACUGGCCUUGUUUACACCAGUAGUACAAGAAGUAAUUUGGGUUCUGAACUACUAAACCUUUCGGACAAUAAUCCAUCCUCCUUUAUCCCUCUCCAAGCCUCUGUACAGAUUACCAACUAGAUCCGCCAUUGAAGUUGUUCGGAACUCUCGACUACCUCCGUUAAUUUCUUCAGAGAAGAAGAAGAAGAAGAAGUUAGGGUUUCAGGUUCAGCUUGCCUUCUCUAUCUUUUUACCUCAUUUUCUGGUUUCUGUAUCUGUUGAUUCCACUUAAUUUCUUAUCUAAUUUGGUUGAUGAUUCCUGUCAAUAGUGUUCGUUCUGGUUGUGGGUUCUGAAUCUUCUGAUUCCCAAUCACCUGUUUAGGAUAAGCUGCAAAAUUUUAUUCUCUCCUCCCCCUUCCCCUCUUUUGUGUUCUUCUUUCGAUUUCUAAUAAGUAGCAAGUAAGGGCUUUAGUUGGUCAAUCUCUCUGUUACUUUUUUGGUUAGUUGUUGUAGGGAUUAUGCGGGUAGGGUGUGGGUCUGUACUCAGAAAGGGAAGCUGGCUACUUGUUUCCCUUGGUUGAAUUUUUGCUUAACGUUGUGAUCCUUGUUCAAUUGAAUAAAGUUCUGAAAGAUUCUGGUUUCUGGGAGUUUCUAUCUCAGUUUCAGUUUUCUGCGGGAUCGGAUUUCUAGUCGAUGAAAGGAUUUAGAAGGAAGAGACAAUAACAUGAGUGUGUAGUUUUUGUGAUUGGGUUUCUUUUAUAAUCUCAUGGAAUUGGUCACAAAGCUGUAAGGGUCUUCGUACAUUAGGAAGUAAUAAAAACUUCCCAUUUUUCUUCAUAGUUCUUUGUUCAAAAUUUAGACAAUAGUUUAGAGGAAACUAGGGGGUUUGCUCCUUUUCUGCCACGAAGCCUGUGUUCUCUCGGUUCAUUGUUACCAUUCUUUCCGCGAUUUGAAAUUGGACAAGAGAGUUGCUUGAUUCUUGUUCCUGAUAUUUUUUUUCUGCCUUGUCCUCUUGUGUCCUCCUGUGAAGGCAUAUAUUUUAAUUGUUCCAAUUGAAUUUCCAUUUCUCCUUUGCUUUGACUGAAUAGUUGAGCUUUUCUUUGGUGGGAAGUUCAGAAAUGCUUGCAGUUUUUCAUCCAUUUGGUCUCAUGCAAUCUUGAGUUUGGAUUUGGCAAGAAGGAUUUCAGUUUUUGUUAGGUGAUAGAAUUGGCUUCCGUUGGGCUUUGUGGUUCUUGGAGCUCUGGUCAUUGUUUGUGCUAUGGCGGAAUGUAAAUCAUUGAUACCAACCAUUGAAGGAGAAGAUCAUGUAAUUGCAGCGGCAAAGCACAUAGUAAGGGCUUUAGGGGCAAAUACGAACUUGACAGAUGAUGUGAAGAAAAUUCUGGCAGAUCUUGACUCCCGAUUGUCCACCAUGACAGUGCCCUCAUCAAACAACAGAGGGGAAAUAAUUGAGAUCGAACAACGGCUCAACUUCAUUCAGGAGAAGAUUGCUAGUUGGGAGUCUGAUCAAUCUAUCUGGGACUCCAGCCCAGAGGAAGCUUCCGAGUAUCUUCAGGCUGUGGAGGAAGUCCAAAGUUUGACUGAAAGCUUGGGGGCUUUGUCUAUGAAUGAAGGUGAAGAAGCAACAAAGCUUCUUAACCGGGCUCACAGUGUUCUUCAGAUGGGAAUGGCUAAGCUUGAGGAAGAGUUCAGUAAUAUUCUUAUGCAGAAUAGGCAACCUUUUGAGCCUGAGCAUAUGUCCUUCCGUUCCUGUGAAGAAGAUAUUGUGGAUGAGGAAUCAACCAUAUCAGUUGAAGAUGAUUCAGCUGAGGACUCACUUCAGAGAGAGAGUACUUCCAAGAGCUCAGAGGAGUAUACCAUAGAUUUGGUCCAUCCAGAUGUAAUUCCUGACCUCAAAUGCAUUGCAAGUUUGAUGUUCACAUCAAAUUAUGAUCAAGAAUGUCGUCAGGCUUACAUUAACAUUCGAAAAGAUGCCCUGGAUGAGUGCCUAUUCAUUCUUGAAAUGGAGAAACUGAGUAUUGAGGAUGUGCUAAGAAUGGAAUGGAGUACCUUGAAUUGUAUGAUCAAGAAAUGGAUCCGAGCUAUGAAGAUUUUUGUGCGUGUUUACUUGGCCAGUGAGAAACGGCUAUGUGACCAGGUAUUCGGGCAGUUUGGAUCAGUUAAUUUAGUUUGUUUUGUUGAGGUAUCAAGGGGUCCAAUGUUGCAACUCCUGAAUUUUGGUGAUGCUAUAGCAGUUGGGCCCCGUUUACCAGAAAAAUUGUUUAGGAUUCUUGACAUGUAUGAGGUGCUAGCUGAACUGCUACCUGAUAUAGAAACAUUUUUCUCUGAUGAGGUCGGUUCUUCUGUUAGAAUUGAGAGCCAUGAGGUCCUGAGGAGAUUGGGUGAUUCUGUUAGGGGUACUUUUCUUCAAUUUGAGAAUGCUAUUCAGUCAAAUGCAUCCACAAAUCCCUUUGCUGGAGGUGGGAUCCACCCUCUGACCAAGUAUGUGAUGAAUUACAUCAAGAUCCUUACUGAUUACAGUGGUACCCUUGAUUUGCUUCUUGAAGACCAUGAUGAGUAUCCUGCUUCCCUACUGUCUAAUAUCAGCCCUGUUAAAGAGGAGGAGAAAGAGAAAGAGUGCUCUUCUUCGAGUAAUUCACCAAUGGCCUGCCAUCUACAGUCAAUUACUUCAGUUCUAGAAUCCAACCUUGAUGAAAAAUCCAGGUUGUACAGGGAUGAGUCUCUGCAACACUUUUUCCUGAUGAAUAACAUUUGUUACAUGGUGCAAAAGGUUAAGGGUUCUGAACUUGGAGCCCUUUUUGGGGACAACUGGAUUCGACAACACAACAGGAAAUUCCAGAAGCAUGCAAUGGGUUAUGAGAGAGCUACUUGGAGUUCUAUCCUCUCUUUACUGAAGGAUGAGGGGAUUUGUAGCCCAGGUUCAAACUCUGUCUCGAAAACAGUACUCAAGGAGCGGUUCAGGAAUUUUAAUCUAGCUUUUGAGGAGGUUUACAAAAACCAGACUGGGUGGUUAAUCCCAGAUCCUCAGCUUCGGGAGGAUCUACGGAUCUCAGUGUCACUGAAAGUAAUCCAGGCGUACCGGACAUUCACGGGGAGAUAUGCGAGCCAGCUAGAUGGUGGGAGGCACAGUGACAGGUACAUUAAGUACAGUGCAGAUGAUCUGCAGAAUUUCCUCUUGGAUCUCUUUGAGGGUUCCCCAAAAUCGUUGCACUACCCCCGCAGGAGAUUUUGGUGACCAGUGGAAACAAAA